UAGAGUUGACGCCCUGUUUGUUAUGAUAUUCGGUCUUUAAAAAAUGUAAACAAACGAAAAAGCAGAGUAUCAAAUUGUAAAUUAAACCUUGCGCAAGCGUUUUACUGUUAUUUUUAAGGAGUUAUAAAAUCUAUAAUAUAUAUUAACUAUAUUAUCAAACUUAAUUUACUACAAUAAUACAAAAAUGCCUCCUGUAAGAUGAACUAUACGGUGUAAUUUAUAUGGUGGUAGCCCUUCUGAUCUUUCUAUUACAGAUCUAGCGACUUAUGGCGAUGUAGCAAUGUUAUUUCUUGGAAUGGAAAUAAGAUAAAACCUUUAACAUUGUUGGAAAAUUUUUUUUUGAUCUGCUAGCAUGUAACUGCAAGCUUGAGGUUCUUCCUUGUGAUGACAGGAAUAUCAAAUGCUGAGGUUGUUCAAAUGUGCAUCUUAACUGUAGAUGUGUUGGUAGUAAAAAAGUAAGUUGUACAAAUUUAAAGUAAUUUAUUUUAAAUUAAACAUUAAAUUACUUAUUUAACUUUUAUUUGAUAGACAUUUUUAUGGUUCAUUAUUAUUUUUAAAAUUUUUAGAUAAUAACACGUUUUACAUAAGUUAAUUGAAAAUAAUAUUUAAAACCACAAAUAGUUAAUUAGGUUCCUUUGGAAGAACGCUCCUAUAUAAAAGACUAAAUGGAGAAAAUUGAUACUAAAGGAAAGUUUCAAGUAGGAGGUAUUGAUAACUCUGUUUUAUCACCUACCUCAAGAAAAACAAAGCAAACAAAAGCUUCUGAUGAAGAAAUUUAUAUUAAAGGGUUUGACACAAUCAUGGAUUCAGAUCAGGUAAUUAGAUAUGGAAUAUCAGAUGAAGCAGCUGCCGCCGUAGCUAAUGCUCUACUUCAAGAUAUUGGUUAUCUACAUCUAAAUAAACCAAGUCUAUUGAAGAGAGAGAAAGAACGAGUAUGUUUUAAUGCUAAUUUUGAGCAAUCUAAAGUUUCAAAUAUAAAGGCAAUUUGUUUGGAUACCAAAUAUAAUAAAAACUCAUUGAUUUAUGAACAGAGAGAUAUUGAUGGUGAAAUAAAACUUUGUAAAUCUACGAGCACUGUAGACCACUUGACAUUCACAUUUGAAUCAGGCGAGUUGCAAGGUCAUAUCUUAAGCACAUAGUUGUACCUAAAGAAAAAGAUAAAGGAAAAGAUCUUGCUGAAUUUACCUGUGAUGUUCUCAAGGAGUUUAAGAGUGAUAAAAGUAUCCAGGGAAUAAUUUUGGACAAUACAAGUGUUAAUACAGGUAAAGAUAAUGGUUUAGUUGCUUGUCUUGAAAGAAUAUUAAAAAGAAGAAUUCAUAUAAUUGGCUGUCUUCUACAUGUUAACGAGUUACCAUUGUGCUAAACUUGAUAAUUCUUCUAAUAGCUCAAAUAGUUAUUCUGAACCAGUUGGAAAAUCUUUGACAAAUCCAAUUGAUUUAAAUUUAACUGUUGACUUCAUACAAGUUGAGACAUACGUUGAAUAUCCUUCUCCCUGUGUCAUUAAAGACCUCUCUGCUGACCAGAGAAUGUUACUGGAAUACAGUAUUGGAUUUUCAUGAGGGUUUUCAGACAAUAAGUAUCUGAGAAAAAAAAUAGGUGUGUUGUUUUGAAAAUCAUUUGUUUUUAAUAUUUUUCCUUUUAUUUUGUUUGUUUGAAGUUUAUGUAUAUACAUAUAUAUUAAUAUAUAAUUUACUAUUAAAUUAUACAUAAGAACAAUCAAUUCCAAUGGAGAGCUCAACAUCUUUGUUGAAUAUAUUCAAACAGUAUAUACUCCUAUAUGGUUUAAUAUUAAAAAGUCUAAGAGUUUCACAGAAGAUCCUAAACUCAUUUUCCAAUUUAUUCAGCGGAUUUUAAGGUUGAAUAUUGGAGUUCAAAAUAUUGCAUUGCCCAUAUUUUAUAGAAACUCUUUUUGUCUCCAACCUGAGAAUUUUAUUGCUGCUCUACUUUAUUCUGAAGAACAGGUUUAUAGAACAAUAACUGUUGUUAAGAUUUUGGAAACAAGAAAAACCCUAAUUAAGGAUCCUAAAAAUGGAUUAAAAAAUGGUAUUAGGGUUUAUGCAAUUCCAGUUAUUAAUUGAAAAUGUAAAAAGUGGUCAAAAUUAAUAAAUUUGUAUGAUUUGUUUUGAGCCCCCUUAUCUGGAAGAUAUAUUAAAUGAGG